UCUCGUCAAGGGCUUUAUUCUUGCAAGAGCUCAAUCUUCUCUCCCUUGUCUUCUUCUCUCUCCUUACUAUUUCUCUGACAUAGCCAGGAGAUGGGUAAUCAACAUACGGAGGAGAUUGGUCUUGGCUAUGGUCAUAAACGUAUGGACAGCCUUGAAGAGAAUGUUUCUGUGUUCUUUCCUGAAGAUUUUGCUGAUGAGUCUGAUCGCUCUUUCGAGGACGAAGAUGACUACGAGUCUGAUCACGGCUUCCAUGACCCCAUGGAAAGGGCUAUAUUUUGGGAAUCCCAAGAGGCCUUGCUUCAGGAAGUCUUGAACCGCUGUAGCAAAACAGGUUCAAAGUUAAGGCAGGAGGUCUACAGAAUCACAGGGGUAGCGAAGGAGGCUGAUUUUUGCAGCUGCCUGAAGCCCAGUAAAGGGUGCACUAGCUGUUUAAGGCAGAGGGUUGUCAAUUUGCUCACCCAAAAGGGAUUUGUUGCAGCUCUUUGCACAUCAAAGUGGAAUAACACCAAAAAGUAUCCAGGAGGGAAGCAUGAGUACGUAGAAAUGAUUGCAAGCACAAUCGGAAGCAAGAAGAAAAUUCCAUAUCUGAUUGAGUUGGAAUUCCGAGACCAGUUUGAGAUGGCUAAAGCAUGUGAUGAGUACCGCAAUCUUGUGGCCCAGUUGCCAGAAUACUACAUAGGAAAAGCUGAACACCUCAACGCCAUUGUGGGCAUUCUAUGUGAUGCAGCCAAGAGAUCAAUGAAAGAGAAGAAAAUCCACAUGGGUCCAUGGAGAAAGAGAAGCUUCAUGCAAAUGAAAUGGUCUAAUACUUCUGGAAGACGGUCUGUUGAAGAACCCUCAAGCAAGAUAUCUUCUCUGCCCUCAUCAAGACAAGCACAUGAAUCUUGCUUUCACUUCUCUGCUGCUCCAGCAUUGACUGUGACUUAGAAGGUCAUAGGAUGUCAACCAGUUUUGUUCUUGUGAUAGGGAAGUUUUGACCAUCUUGAGCAGUGCCACCUAUAUAAGCAUUCCAUAUGGAUGCAGGCAAUGAAUAGGAUUAUUGUAUACCGAGUGCUUGUAGUUGUAUUUGCGGCUAUGGUUGAAGGCAGACCCCAAUGCUGAGCUUUCUAAAUGGGGAGCUAGUUUUGCAUCUUUGUGGGUCAUUCAAGUAGUUAUCGUAAGUCAUGUUAGAGGGGCUUGAAGUGUUCUAGUACGAUGCUUGAAUACUGCAUUGUUCAGGAUAAAAAAAUUGAGUGUAAUAUCAUAUAUGUAUUGUGUUCAUGUUUUAUGCAA